UUCCUAUCCUUCUCGCCAUCGGUCACAUCUAACAAAACGCCAGCGUUUUGUUUAACAACACACUGUGCCGUUUUUCGUCAACAGCAGAGGAGCUCCGCCCCCGGUCACCGCCACCAGCAAUGGCCACAGCGAUGGUUAUGGAUCCAAACCCCUCCACAUCCCCACCACCAACCCUCCCACCUACUCUCCCCAACCCACCCCCUCGUCAAAUGACGACGUCUACACCCUCUACAAAUCCCUCCAACGCCACCUCGAGUUUCUCGAUAUCAAAGAAGAGUACACAAAGGACGAACUCAAGAACCUCAAGCGCGAGCAACUCCGAUCCCAGGAAGAGGUCAAGCGAAUCCAGUCCGUGCCUCUCGUUAUUGGCCAGUUCUUGGAAAUGAUCGAUGAGAAUUACGGGAUUGUUGGAUCCACCGCCGGAUCGAAUUACUAUGUCAGGAUUUUGAGUACUAUUAAUCGGGAGCUUUUGAAGCCCUCUGCCUCGGUGGCUUUGCAUAGGCACUCGAAUGCGCUUGUUGAUGUUUUGCCUCCCGAGGCCGAUUCUAGUAUUUCGCUGUUGAGUCAGUCGGAGAAGCCUGAUGUGACUUAUACUGAUAUUGGAGGAUGUGACAUUCAAAAGCAGGAAAUCCGUGAAGCUGUCGAACUACCUUUGACUCAUUUUGAUUUGUACAAGCAGAUUGGUAUAGAUCCUCCUCGUGGUGUUCUGCUCUAUGGUCCACCAGGCACUGGUAAAACCAUGCUUGCCAAGGCCGUGGCUCACCAUACAACUGCUGCCUUCAUCAGAGUUGUUGGGUCAGAGUUCGUUCAGAAGUAUUUGGGAGAGGGUCCACGAAUGGUGCGCGAUGUUUUUCGUCUUGCCAAAGAAAAUGCCCCUGCCAUUGUUUUUAUUGACGAGGUAGAUGCAAUUGCAACCGCUAGGUUUGAUGCUCAGACUGGAGCGGAUAGAGAAGUUCAGCGAAUCCUUAUGGAACUCUUAAAUCAGAUGGAUGGGUUUGACCAGACUGUGAAUGUAAAGGUUAUCAUGGCAACUAAUCGAGCUGACACUUUGGACCCUGCGCUUCUGCGGCCUGGAAGGCUUGACCGAAAAAUUGAGUUUCCUUUACCCGACAGACGACAAAAGAGGCUUGUUUUUCAGGUUUGCACUGCUAAAAUGAAUUUAGGUGAUGAGGUUGAUUUGGAGGACUAUGUCUCCCGGCCAGACAAAAUCAGUGCUGCCGAGAUUGCAGCUAUAUGUCAAGAAGCAGGGAUGCAUGCAGUCCGCAAAAACCGGUAUGUCAUACUCCCUAAAGACUUUGAGAAGGGUUAUAGAACCAACGUAAAGAAGCCCGACACUGACUUCGAUUUCUACAAAUAACGAGAAGAACUGAAACAAGAUUGGUACAUUUCUGUAUCCACUGCCAGGAGAUGUUUUUUCAAAUCUUUGUUUCCAUUAUCAGAACACAAAAAAGUCGUUACUGCCUAUUUGGGCAAAUUAUCUAGUGUGCGCACCUGUUUUAUUCUACUUAAAUUUGUCCACUUUCAGGAUGUUUUUAUAGUAUCUGUCUAUGAAGCCAAGCUAUGGAUGCUAGUGAGCCAUCUGAUUUGUGCGACUUUG